GGGGGGGAGAAGGGGGACUGGUGGAAGUAACUCCCAGAGGAAAUGAGAGCUGCUGCUGGGGAUUAAGUGUAAAGGGAAGAAUUGAGGAGGGCUACUUAUAAAGCGUGUUAGUGCCCCUGAAAGGAUGUGUGUGUGUGUGUGUGUAUAUAUAUUUUUGUGAACAGUCAAUUCUAGAUGUAAAAAUAUAAACAUCAAAAUUCAGUAAUAUCUACGUGUGCACCCUUCCUCCUAUUUCUGUGACAGCCUUGUAGCUAGAUCAGCAGUUAGCUGGCUUAAUAAGGGUACCCUCUAACACUGCGGUUCACGUGUCACAGCCAGGCCUUGAAUGUAGCCUUUGCUGGUAAGUUUAACGUGCCUAUCAUCCCCAUAGGUGACGUUCUCCAUAUAUCCUUUGUCCUUUUCGUUGAGGUGAAGGGCAACAGGUAGCGUAGCUGUAAUGCUUGUUAAUAAGGGAUCUUUCAAGUUCCAUUUUGUGCAUUUUUAUUGUCUGGAAAUGCGAGGAAGGAGCCCUUUGGAAAAGGACUUGGGUUCAGAGUGCCGACUGUGAAAGGAAAUACAAAUAUGAAUUUAAAUAGAAUAAUAAAUUGAGAAAUACAUUCUGUGGAUAAGCAGGAGGGGAAAUGAUGAAAAUAAGAGUGAAAUGUCACAUGUGGGAGGGGAACUUACGCUUUUUUCUGUUUUUUUUUUCUGCACAAUUUUUUGUGAUAAUAUAGAUAUUAUUGAUACAUAUAGAUUAUAUGUGUAGUAUUUCCAUAGUUCUUUUUUAUUGCUGAACUCCCUAGAAAUGCUGCGUUCUAAAGUGUGAGGAAAUCCUAACCUGCUCUUUGUUUACUUGUUUUCUUAGUUUUUCUCGUGUGCAUUAUCAUACAAGAAAACAAGAAAGUUAUGUAUUUCAUUGGAUUCCUUUGAAGCGCUGUAUUAUGUCUUUUUGUUUUUGUGGAUUAAGUUGUAUGCAAGAAAAACAGGAUAACAAUGAGGAAGAGAAAGUAGGAAGAAAAUUUUGUCUUGCGUAUAUCUAUGUGCAUGUACUGUGCGAGUAAGUAUGUGCAUAGAUAGAUUAUGACUGGAAAUUGUUGGCCAUUCUAUUGAACUGAGAGUGUCUUAGUAAUAAUGUGUAGGAGUAGAAUUUGGGAUAUUGAAUACUGAGAAAACAUAGUCGCUAAUUUAGGGGGGAAAAUCAGUUGCCGGUAUCAAUAUUUUAAUAUAUUUUUGCUAAGUAGUCUUUUAGUUCGUUUGUGUAUGUUACAAAGAGUAACAAGUUUGAAAGGGGAGGAGGGUAGCUUUGAAAAUACAGUAAACACUGAGAACUCAGUAAGCUUAUUGUUAGACCAUAGACACUUAUACAGUUUUAAAGCUUUUUUAAACAAAGUUGUUUUAUAAAGUAGUUUCUUGCACUUUACCUGCUGGCUUUUCAAUUUGGUAGAUAACAUCUGAACUCCAGCAGAGUUUUAUAAUCCCCACGUGCUUAAAUAUACUAAAUGUUCUUUUUCCAUUAAGGUUAAUGUUCGUGAAGAAAUUGAAGAGUUUUUUCCAAGAAUGUGGAAGAUAAAUCAAGAUAAAAGAAGGCUAAUGAAAAGUAUUAAAGAUCAGAAAAAUAAAAUUGAAUGGGGGAAAAAAUUGAACAGAAGAUUGGUCAGAUAGAAGCACUUGAAUGUUUUUUUAAGGCUAUAAUGAAUUGUUUGAAUUGGGGAAGAAUACACGAAGUAUGAAAAAUGAAAAACUCAAUGAAGAAUGAAGAAAAGUAGAAAGCAAGAGUGAAGUAGAAUUAAAAGAAUCUGGAAGAAUGAAUGGGUCCUAGGUUAAGUAAAUGAGUCUCGCUCCCAGUCAAAAUCUCCAGCUGGGAGUCCUGCUCGUGUAAAAUCGGAGAGCAGGUCAGGAUCUCGCAGUCCAUCGAGAGCUUCCAAACAUUCUGAAUCACACUCUAGGUCAAGAUCAAAAUCGAGAUCCAGGUCCAGAAGGCACUCGCACAGACGUUACACUCGCUCCAGAUCCCAUUCCCAUUCUCAUUCCCAUAGGAGACGUUCUCGAAGCAGAUCGUACACGCCAGAAUAUCGUCGUCGAAGGAGCCGUAGUCAUUCUCCAAUGUCCAACAGGAGAAGGCACACAGGCAGCAGAGCUAAUCCAGAUCCAAAUACGUGUCUUGGAGUGUUUGGUCUCAGUUUAUACACCACUGAGAGAGAUUUGCGUGAAGUCUUUUCUCGUUAUGGACCUUUGACUGGUGUCAAUGUUGUUUAUGACCAACGGACUGGACGAUCAAGAGGAUUUGCUUUCGUUUAUUUUGAGAGAAUUGAUGAUUCUAAAGAGGCAAUGGAGCAUGCAAACGGAAUGGAGCUGGAUGGCAGGAGGAUUCGGGUGGAUUACUCCAUCACCAAGAGAGCGCAUACACCCACCCCAGGCAUCUACAUGGGCAGGCCGACGCACAGUGGAGGAGGUGGUGGUGGUGGAGCAGGUCGGCGCCGCGACUCUUACUAUGAUAGGGGGUAUGACAGAGGAUAUGACAGAUACGAAGAAUACGACUACAGAUAUAGGAGACGAUCCCCAUCGCCUUACUAUAGCAGGUACCGGUCACGAUCAAGAUCCCGUUCCUACAGUCCAAGGCGCUACUGAAGAUCAGAAGAAUGAACAGUUGAGGACUUGAUUUUUAAAUAAAAAGUUUAGAUCUUAGCUUCCCUACUGGCUUCCCUACUGUUUUCCCUCCUUUCCCUCCCUUCCUUGUCCUCCAUCCAGCUAUUUUAGAAAACCUGGGUUCAUUUAGAGUAUACAUAUCUUCCGUUGAAGUAUUCCUGUUUUCCAUCCCUCCUUAUGUAAUACUCUUAAAUAUCGUAAUUGUAGUUUUUGUGUAGUAUAACAUCUUAAGCAAAGUUAAAUAGAAAACCCAAAGUGUUGAUGCAUUUUGGAAGUCAUUCCUAUUUUGUUUUUAAAACAAUUGGACUCCUGGCUAAUCAAAAGAGAGCAAUGAUAUUUUUAAAGCUUGCAUGUCAUACGUAAUGCACACACUCAGAUACUUUGAUAUAAACAUGCGUUUCCAAGUAACUCGUUGAUCUUUCUGUUAAAAGGCAAACAUUUUACUUUGAUAAACAAGUAACGACUUUGAGCCUUUACUGUAAAGACAAAUUUAUUUAGGUAGUGAUGAACCAGAGGAUUUUUUUUUUUUUGUCAGGUAGUUGCUUUGAGUGUAGAAUAUUUGAGCUAGAGACAAAAUGGGUAUUUGGCUGACUGGGAAAACAGACCCUUGUACACUGAAAAUUAAGGCUGCGUUUUAUAGAUAAAUUUCUGGAUAGCUACACAGUGGAAAAUAUUUGGAGUUAAAACCAUAGAAGUCCUGGGAUUUUUUUUUAUUGUUCUUGGUUAAAUAUUUCCCCUUAAGUGCAGGAGAAAACAACUAUUUAUUGAACAUAGCAAUUAGUUAUAUAAUUUGCUGUUCACUUAAAAACAAACAUAACCCCAGACUUUUGGUAUUGCAAUAAUGAUGAAGUUUCGUUUCCAGUCCUUUUGAAAGCAUGGAUGGAAAACCUGUGACUACAUGUAAACUUUUCUUUCCUUUCAAUAAAAGUCAAUUCCACUGA